ACUGCGGCAGUCUUAACAUUUUCGCCUGGCUGAACGAACACUGCACUCGCAUUCACGCAUUUGCUCUAGUGGAGUAGUGGGUGAGGUGUGAAGAGCGGACUAGAGUUGCGGGUAUCACAUCAGCUUCCAGCUUAUCCUACCCAUCACAUUUACAUUCCAACAGUGUAGUCGGUACAGUCAGUCCUUUUCCUGAGCGGAUGGUCGCUACCUUCUCGGUCUUUCAAAACACUCGCGUUUCCCCGUAAGAUCAUCAAAAACUAUGCCCAUCGGAUAAAAUGCUCGACCGGGCUUAGCGAUCCAGCAAAAAUCCCCUGAAUUUUAUCAGUGUUCACUCCCCCGCUGAGAUGCUGUACUGCUCCUGGACCGAAUUCAUUGUAAUUUUUCUGAAAAUCCUCGUCUGAUCGUGUCAUUUUGUGCUGUGAUAACUCAGGAAUAUUUGUGUUCAAGUUCAAUGGAUGAUGACAUGAAGAUCUGCUGCGUGAAAUUGUCUCUCGCAGCUAGGGUCAUCGCUAUGGUUGGCUUGAUCACAAGUGUGCUGAUCCUGACCCAGUUAUCUACAGAACUGGCUGAUCCUGAAAGUUCCGGGGGCUCAGUGAGCAUUUUACUUGGACUAGAUGUUGAAGAGUUCAAAUAUACUAUCGGUGGAGACGACCGACAAAGAAAGACUGAUGCCACAGAAAUAAUGAUAGCAUUUUUGCUAUUUUCAUUCUUCUAUGCUGUUUCAAGUGCCAUUUUAAUUUGGGGAACUAUUGUAGAACAGAGUUGGUGCGCGUUACCAUGGCUCAUUUGUGUAGCAUUUAGUUUCGCAACACAAGUUGCAACAUUAGCAAUUCAUGCCAUAGCUUUAGGAACAAGAAAAAACAAAUUGAUAAUUGCAAUAUCAGUACUCAAUAUAGGUUUGACAGUGUACUUCUGGAUAGUGGUGUUCUGCGCGCAGCGAACGUGGCGGCGACAGCACGAAGAGGAGAAGCAACUGCAGCGAUCACGCACCGUGCAAGCGUCCCCCGCCCCACCACUCCCCAACAAGUACAUGCAAGUGUGACAUACGGUCUGCCACUUGAUUGCGCCCGCUCAGCGCGCCAACCAUCAAGUGUGCGAUCUUUGAUUCCUUCAAAAACAUUUCUACACUCUUCCUCAAUUGUUAUCAUAAAUAGGCUGUGCCGUUUCACCACCAGGAGGCUGGUAGCUGGUAAUCGAUGAAUGGAGAUGAAACCGAACUGCAAGUAGGCCUAUACACACAAUUGCCAUCUCGAAUUGAAGCAGCUGAAGAAUACUAAUCGUUGUCUCUCAUCACACAGGUUCCUUCAAUUCGAAUAUAAAUCAUAAUCGAACAAAUCUCUUUCUGUGUGUAUAGGGGAAUUUAUUAUUGUUUAGUUGAUCUAUAAAUUUCAACAUCGGUGUGAUUUUUAGAUAAUUGACUAUUAAUGGGCUUGAGAUGUUUGUAACUUUCUCAAAAUAUCUCAAUUUUAUUACAUUUUUAGAUCGAAUUCAAUCUUUCAGAUGGUAAAUAUUUCACGGUGUUUUACCAUCGUUGUUGAUAAAUUAACUAUUAUUAUCUUUGAAUUUCAAUCUGGUAAUUGAAUCUUAUUGGUGGAUUACCUAAUGUUUUAUCCAAUGUUGGUGUAAGCUGUAAUUUUAGUCCUGAAAGUCUUUUAAUAUAGGCUGUUAUUUUUUAUGAUUUUGAUUACAAAAAGCUACUAUAAGUAGAACUGAAAUGUAUUUGGAAUAUUAAAUAAAUAACUGUCACUGCACCUUUUUAUAAAAAUAAUUUUGAUAGAAUGAAAGUGGAAAUUCAACUAAUUUUCUUUAGUUAUAUUCAUAUAUAGGCUUAUUCAUUUAUUAGGUAGAAACUUCACAACAUUAGAAAAAGAAGGGAGAUAAACUGAUUGACUUCAUAAUAUUAAUUUCAAAAUUCACUGGGUUGUAUAUCCAUUCUUUUCCACAAUUAAUUUGACAUUGACUGAAAUCAAUGUCUGAAGAUGAACCAUGACAGGUUGAAAUGUCGCCAAUACUGAAAAGUAAGUUUUUCACUUCAAAAGGGUUUUUUCACUUCAAUGUUAAAAUACACGUUACACUUGAGUUGAUGUAAGUUGAUACACAUUGAGCUAACAUAUUUAAUUAAUUUUGAAUUGAUAUUUUUCUCAUUGGCUCAUUUAAUAAAGGGCGUGCAACUCAUUACAAAGUUGAGAGUCAGCAUAGAACUAAAAAAAAUUAAUUCUCCAGACACUUCCAAGAUCACUUGAAAAAGAUUACGGUAUGUCCAAAAAUUGGUAAAACAAGACAUUGGUAAGCAAGACACAAAACAAUGCGAAAAUUGAAAAUAUUCAAUCUUAACUUGAGAUAAAAUUAUACUUUUAUUAUUGCAGGUACAGGAAAUUUAUGUCUAUUCCGAUGAAUAAAAUAUUAAGUGAGCCUGUAAAUAGGGUUAAAAUACCCACGUUAAAAACUUAUUUCACCCACGGUAGGCUGAUUUUUAUUCUAUUGAGUUUCUUGCAUAUUAAAGUUAGAGAUUUGUAAGAAAUAUUGGAAUUUAUUGGUCUCAUUAUUUCAAGAGUAUUGUACAAUGAAAUUGAGAAGAAAACACCUUUUUCUAUUGUAAAAAGUAGAAACAUAAUAUGUCUAGUGCAUUGAUCAAUAAAGAUGACAAUAUAUUUGUUCUCAAUACUCAAUCAACUCAACACCUACACUAGUGAAGAAAACAAUUAUAUUGAGCAGAAUUAUAAAUUACCACACAGGCAACUAAUGAAAAUUGGCGAUGAACAAUAAUAAAUAAUAAAAUGUAGUGACAGUGUUUAAAUAAUUCAAGCUUCCAUACAUACAUAAUCUUUCCUUCGUUUAAUAUUUGUAAAUUUUAUACAGAUCGAAAGUCUACAUAAAAUGAUUUAUAUGUCAUAAUUUCCAGAUAAAGGACCAAAGUUCAAUAGAUUUAUUGAAUGGAAAAGAUCUCAUUCAAAGGUAUUGUUCGAACUUAACAAACAAAAGACAUAUUUUUUAAUUCCUAAACUUAUAAAUUUUGAAUUUAGAAAGCCAUUUUGUGAUGAAUCUUGUAUAGUAAAACUUGUACAGUAGGCCUACUAGAAAAAUACUUUGUGAAAAGAAUAAUAUCAAGAUGAGGUAUAAAUAUUAUAUUUGAUGAUAUUCAGGUUCAAGUGCAUGAGUUUUAAUAUACAUACGUUACCUUAUAUUUACUGAUUUGGGGAAAAAAUUAUUUGUAGCAUACAUUGAAGAAGCAUACAAUCCAAUCGUUACAACCCAAGCAAUCUGUUCUGGUGUUAUUAAUUAUAUUCUUCAAUAUAUUAAUGAUGCAAAUUAAUCAUUUGGAAUAGAUGAGGUCACAAGGAGUUGAAUGCUCAUGUUUCGAGAUGAAACAAUCAUUACUUAAUUGGCUAAUAUUGAUAAAUCAAUCAUCUUACACUUUUUUAAUAUUUAUUUUUAGCAAAUACUACCAUUUGUUGAAUAGGAAUUUAGUAAUGUAUAAAUUUCAGUCUUUCAAUCCAGUAAUAACUAACUACGUUUACAAGGUACAAAGUUAGAACUCUUCAGGUAAAACUACAUAUAAUGUACUGUCUCUCAAGGAAUGAUGUAGAUUUGUAAAUUAUGUAAGAUAUUCUUCCUUAGUAAGAAAAUGAGGUAAUUGGAAAAUUCCCAAGUAUGUACAGUAGGAAAUAAUUUUUUAAGGCUUGUGGAAUACAUCUCAAUGUGCAGCUGUUAAGUGUUUUAAAUUAUUAUCGAGUUGCUAAUAUUACUACGAGUAUGAUUAUUGUUUACUAUACUGUAUUUGAACGAAUUUAUAUGGCUGUGCCAGUUGUUGAAUGUGUAUCGAGAGUUAAGAGAGAGUUUGUAGAAAAUUCCCAUAAGAGGUCCUGUUAAAAGAAAAUUGAUUUAUUUUAUCUGAAAUGUAGCAUUAAACAAUUAAUAAACUACACUGUUGAAUGACAAUUUGGAGAGAAUGUCUGUCUGCAGGAUGGUCAGAUGGUCUGCAGAUGGUCAGUGCUCACGAUAGGUACCUUACCGUACUUACUUCAAAAGCUUGUAAAUAAUAUUCCAGUGCAAUAUUAUUCAAUGAGGAUUUGUAAACCAAUAUUAGACUCUGUUCUCUUCACAUACUUAUUGUAAUUUCAAUUUUUUGUACAAAAUAGUUUUUCCCCCGUAUGGAAAAAGACUAUUACGAAUCUACCGGGUGAUUACAAAUGAAAUAGACAGUUUGAAUAGCUUGUAGAGAAUUUAUUAUUUAAAAGUUUAGAUCAUUACUUACAUUAUUACAUAGAAGAAUUCUUGAAGUUUUUAUUGAACAUUUACAGAUGUUCAAUGUGUGCACCAUUUGCAACACGACAGAUAUCAACACUGUAGUCAAAUUCUAAACACACACGACUAAGCAUCUCACGGUUAACUGUAGCAAGAGCAUUUGUGAUUCGUUGUUUAAGAUCAUCGAUAUCAACAGGAAGCGGUGGUACGAAAACUCUGUCUUUUACAUAGCCCCACAAGAAAAAGUCGCAGGGCGUUAGGUCCGGACUACGAGGUGGCCACGGCUGAAACACAACGUUUUCCUCACUUGCACGGCCGAUCCAUCGUCUAGGAAGAUGUUCAUCCAGAUACCCUCUGACGUCUGAGUACCAGUGAGGCGGAGCUCCAUCUUGUACAAAAAUGAAGUUACAACUAUCUUUAUGGAGUUGAGGCAUUAACCAUUCGGUUAACAUGUCCAGAUAAAUUCUUCCGGUUACUGAUGUUUCUUGGAAGAAGAAAGGCCCGUAAACCUUUUCACAAGAUAAAGCGCAAAACACGUUCACUUUAGGAGAAUCGCGUAUAUGCUGUACAGUCUCUCUUGGGUUUUCUGUUCCCCAUACUCGUACAUUAUGUCUGUUAACUUUUCCACUAAUGUGAAAAGUGCAUUCAUCACUGAAAAUUAGGCGAUUAAACAAUGUGACAUCAUUUUCAAGACAAUGUUGCAUCUCUUGACAAAAAUUUUUACGUACAACUUUAUCAUUGUCAUUUAAACUUUGUAGUAACUGCAAUUUAUAAGGUGUCAUUUUCAAACGUUUCCGCAGAAUUUUCCACACAGUAGGUUGAGGAAUUUGCAAUUCUAAACUCGCUGAUCUAGUCGAUUUUCCUGGACUUCGUACAAAAACAUCACGAACACUAUCAAUUUUUUUUUUCUGUAACAGAAGGUCUUCCAGUACUCUUCUUCUUACACACACAUCCACUGCUUUCAAAACGUUCAUACCAGUCAUAAAUUGAUUGCCUUGUUGGUGGUGGUUUACCGUAUUUUGUUCUGAAAUGACGCUGCACAACAGUAACAGAGUUUGUUUUGGCUAAUUCAAGAACACAAUAAGCUUUCUCCACUUGAGUAGCGGCCAUAUUGCUAAACUAAACUGGCUGUUGUAACACAAAGCAGCCAACAAUAGCCAGCAACAGUUCUACAAACAUAAACUUUAAGAAAUUCCCUACAAACCUAUAUCACUUACUAUGUUGAAAUACACCAGUUUAAUUUUGUACAGGCUAUUGAAGUUGUCUAUUUCAUUUGUAAUCACCCGGUAUUUUGUUCAAGCUUCAUCAAUGUAGGAUUUCAAAAAAAGUAAAGGAUUUCAAGGACUUUUCAUAAUGUACGGUGUACUUUCUGUAUUAUCAUAUCAAUAAAUCCAGAUUCUUAAUAUGAAAUAGCUACGAGUACAAUAAAAAAUUGUAUCAAGAAAUCUGGAAUCAUAUAUCUAGAUAGCCUACUAAUCAAUGAGCAUCAUCGUUUUAUCAAAGUUCGAGAACUUUUCAAAAUGUAAUGAAAUUUGAUAAAGCUUGAAACCAAAGAUAGAUAAAAUUGUAUCCUAAUGUUUAUUUUUUAUAUAACAAACUGUUCUCCAAGAGCAACUAGCAUAUUUUUGAAGCUUCGUUUAGGAUAAUAAUUUAGGCAUAAUUUUGGUGAUUAAAUGUUGAAAUUUUGUUA